AUGGCAGAGAACAAUGAAACCCUUCCCUCCGCACCUAAGGAAGGACCUUUUCCACCUGUGAUAGCUAUAAUCUCCAUCAUAACUAUAAUAGGAAACCUUCUGGUGAUUGUGACUUUGUGUAAGAAACCGCGCAGUGAACUACGGAUUGUUUACAACUACCUUGUUUUGAACCUUGCUACCGCUGACCUGAUGGUUGGCCUUGUAGGUGAACCUCUUUGGAUAAGCCUUUAUUGGGUAGAUGAUGAUGACGGAGUAAGCCUUGUCAUGAGUAACCCACCAAGUGCGUUUAAUAUUACAUCUAGAUCAGUGUUGGUCAUAGCAGUUACCGCCUCAAGAUGUACUCUGCUCUUUAUUACAUUGGAAAGAUACGUGGCCUUAGAGAUGCCUCUGCGAAGAGAGAAGCUGUUUAGUGGGAUAGCUUUAAAGUUCUAUAUUUUGCUCAUUUGGCUAUAUGCAUUAGUUACGACCCUGCUUACUUCCUUUCAUGACACAGAGGCAUUUCGACUGGUAUUGUAUCCCCUUGCUCAGUUUGAACUGGUUGUCAUCUUCGUUUUGUAUAUGCGCAUGUUUAUAAUCAUCCGAAAAUUCAACGAGGCUCAACUCGCCAAUAGAGUUCGAGAACCACUUAUUCAAACUGGACAUGCCUAUAGAUUAGCUCGAAAACGGGAGUGUUCACUCGCCAAAGAUAUGUUUUUUCUAGUUGGAGCCUAUGUACUGUGUUUCCUGCCUUUAUCCAUCACUCGUUCUGUUGAAUGUUUCGCUAGUGAAAGGGUGAAAAUUACAUUCAACACUGCAGAACUCUUAAAAAUCAUUUACGUAUCAAAAUGUGCCAUAGAUCCCGUAUUAUACACAUUCAUUAUUCGUAGUUAUCGAUGGCAAGUUAAGAGGUUGUUUUAUAAAGUUACCAAGGCGUUUGCAGAGAUACUAUUUACCAGCAAUGGCGCGGUAAACGUCCAGUAA